AUGGCACGAAAGGAAACACCCGGAUCUGAUUCCUCUUCACCUCUCUCCGCCUCACUCCUCUCUCCCUCGCGCGCUCGAGGUGUUGAAUCAAAGGCAAGUAGUCCAACCCCCAUCUGGGACCUCAAAUCUGCAUUCGCGAGAUUAGUGGAAGAGGAUACCGUGGCAUGGAAGAAUCUAGGCGUGGAAAGAUCGCCUAGGCAUAUUGUGCCUCCGAGUGGCUCGAUCGACUCCCCAAUCGCGUUCCACCUCUACAACCCGACUUCACGCGCUGCAGAGAAACUGCGGGUGAUAUACGUGAGAGAGGAACCUUUUAAGGGUCUUUCCGCUCUCUUCCAGCUCGGGAUACAGCCUAACAUGCUCAAAAUCCCCCCAUAG